AUGAAAAAUAGGUCACUAUAUUCCAAUAGUACAGCUUUGUACAUUGUAAUAUGUUUGCUAGGAGUGCUAUUGCCUUUUUUUCCAUUUUUUAAGAGCAAAUCAGUUUCAUCGAUUGAGGAAUUGCAACGGAUCAAAUCGUUUAUUAUCGAUGAUCUUGCUGUAACUAUUCCAAUAUUUGUACGCUUUGGCGACAAAGGAUUCAAUUUUCCUGAUUUGAUAGAAGCAACACAAAUGGAAUUGGAUUACGAAUUGUAUAAGACAGUAAAUACUAAUUGGCGAUUCAAAUUGAUUGACGAGCUUGUGAGCAAUAGGUCAUACGCAGACGAUGAAAACUAUAUUCUAGAGUUGACUCAUUCUGACGACAAUUUUGUAAUAGUCGAGCCUAACAUGUACAAAGCUCAGGUGCAUUAUUCGCAAGCAUCAGUACAUGCCAAUGACUUGCCGUUUUUCAUGACUCAAGCUACUUUGGAGCAUUUGGUGUCAGCUGAAAUUGAAUUGUUAAGGUUACUAAAUUCUUCUGAGAAACCAAUAGACAUGCCUUCCAUUGAUGCAAAAAUCAUUAUUGUUGGCUUGGAAAGUAAGCGUUUUGAACAAAUAUUUGAAGAAAAUUUUGCUCCACUCAAAUCCUUGAUGACAGAAGCACUGGGUCUUUCGAAUAUAAAUAUUACGAUGACAGCUUUAGAAUCUUUAAAUUAUGAAAAUGUAACAAAUUCAACCGAUUUUGCCUAUUAUGUUUAUUCUGACGUUCACAAUAAACCCUUUAUUCCUAAUAAAACUAUUUAUCCAAAUUGCAUAUCAUAUAUACACAAUGACUCAUUAACAAACGAAGAUGCCACUCAUUUAAUAUCCAAAAUUUCUGAAGAGUUGAAAAAUGUCUUGGGAUUACCAAGAAAUCCCAUGAACAACUUAGGUAUUAAGUUGCAUGCAAUGAAACGUUAUCUCACUUUAAAAGUAUUAAUAGAAUCGAUAGAUUAUUUGAUAACUGCAGCCAUGGGAAAUCAUGGUGUUUAUUCCAACAAAAUAGGAAACUUCAUUAAUAAUUUAAAUCCGAUUAUCGAUAGUCUACAUAAAAACGAAUCCAUACAUGAUUGGAACAGUCUACUAGCUUGGAGCAGAGAAUUUAAAAAUGCCUCAUCUCAUCUUCUUGAAGACUCAGAUAUAUCUAAGUAA